AAACCCUGCAAGCAAUCACCAAGAAAGUUAACAUUAACAGUAGAUCUCUCUCUCUCUGUGUAGCAGACAGUCCGAAGCAUUAGCCCUCCGUAGCUUCACCGGCAUCUUCAAGAUCCAUCAUCCAUGGACGAAUCCGGGGCGUACCCGAAGGACUACUACACGCAGAACGCGGCGAGAACCGUGUCCUCCUCCUCCUCCGCCGCCACCACCACGACGAGCGUCCAGGUGACCGCCCUCGACGGCCUCGUGAACGUGAACUCCCUCUUCACCAUCGCCGUCUUCGUGGGGCUCUCCCUCACCACCCCGCCCCAGCACAGCCUCGAGAACCCGGGCCCCUGCGACGCCGGCAUCGAUGUCGUCAAGAAGCUCCUGGUCUUCGAGGUCGUCUCCUUCAGCUUCUUCCUCUUCUCCUCCCUCGUCGCCCAGGGCCUCAAGCUCGCCAUCAACCUCCUCAACAGCAAGGACGUGAACGAGGCCCUCAGGGCCCACAUCAACAUCAAGGUCCUCAGGUUCGGGAUGGUCGGCUCGGCCUUCGGCUCGGUCAUGGGCUGCGUCUUCCUGAUGCUGUCCAUGAUCAGCGUCAUCGAGAUUAGGCUCGGCAUGCUGUCCUGCGGGAGCAAGUCGGCGGUCCGUGCGGUGUCGGCGCUGGUCGUGCUCGUGUCCUCGGCUCUGGUGGGUUAUAUUUCCACCGCCGUGUAUGCUUUUCUGCAUUGAUGAGUGUGAGCCAGUGUUUCGAAGCAAUUGAAAGUACAACUCUUUAGUGUUCAUAAUGAGAAGUUGAAGUGAAUUUCUA